UCUGCUAGAGGAUGCAUGGCUGAAACUGAGGGAACCCGAAAGGAGGUGCUCGAGAGGAAGAGGGUCGUGAUGGAGGAGGUCACCAUAUCCAGUUCAUGGUCCGUCCCAGUAAGCGGGACAUGCAGCGCUCCCCUAAGAGGAGAUAGCACAAAAGAAUGGCUGAUCUCAAUAACAAACGAGAGCACAAAAAAGAUCUCUGCCACCAAGCCUGGGGUAUGCAAGGCCCCUGAAUUCCUCCGCAAGGACGAGAAGAACGCCAAGUCUUUCGAACCCGAGGUGGUGGCCAUCGGCCCCUACCACCGCGGCAAGACCCAUCUCCAGCCAGCGGAGGACCACAAACGAGCUGCAGCACACAAGUUCACGUUAGGCAGUAAGCAUUGCAUCGAUGAAUUCUAUUCCAAGGUCAAAAAUGAAGCUACUAGAGCAAGAGCAUGCUACGCUGAUAAAUUCGAGCUCAUGACCGACGAGGAGUUCACCCAGAUGUUGUUCUUCGACGGCUGCUUCGUGCUCCACUUCAUCAGCUGCUAUGUCGAAGGCGAUAUGAAGGAGGUCACAAUGAGCACUCACCUUCACGGCUUCAUCGUGAGAGAUAUGUUCUUGCUCGAAAACCAGCUUCCAUACGUCGUGCUUUAUGCCCUGAUGAGCCUGAAGUCAGUCAAGCUCGAUGAUUUCUUUAACAAGAUCAUCGGGACGGUGUCCAUCCAAUCAUUCUCAGACCCAAAAGAACCCUCGUACCACCACCUCCUCGACCGUCUUCGAGAAAAGCUCUUGGGGCCUACGAAAGACCCGCGGCAACCUGUCCAAUUAGGGCCAGAGGACUUGCACUUGUUCCGCUCCGUAAAGGAGCUUCGCGAGGUCGGGAUCAAGUUCCGUCAGAGCAACAGCCUCUACCUGAGAGACAUUCAGUUCAGACCCUGCGCCGUGUGGGGGACGCUAUCGCUUCCCAAAAUCGUCAUCGAUGACCUGGCUCGGUCGAGAUUCUUGAACAUGAUCGCCCUCGAGAUGUAUCUGGGCAGCGCGGGCGACUACGGGAUCACGUCGUUCGUGUGGUUCCUCGACUGCCUCAUCGACCGGGCGGAAGAUGUGCGGGAGCUGCGAGAGGAGGGGAUACUGCUCAACGCGCUCGGGAGCGACGAGCAGGUGGCGGAGCUCUUCAACGAGCUCGCCACCAACCUGGCGCCGGAUUACAGGGCCUACGGCGACGUGUUGAAGGGGAUCCGCCAGCACCGCGAUAGCAAGUUUAAGGUCUCUAUUUACACGUUCCUGCACACCCAUUUCAGCAGCCCAUGGACGGCCAUUGCCUUCAUUGCUGCGGUGUUUCUUCUGGUCCUAUCGGUGAUACAGACCAUCUUCGCAGUCUUUCCCCGCAGUUGAGAGAUGGAGGGGUUCAUAACCUGUUGGUGUUGCUGGUGUUGGCAUGUUGCAUGACUCCCUGCUUCGUGCAUGCAUGUUUGGCUUGAAAGUUUUUCUUCUGUGUGCUGGUAUAGCGGCCUAACUUGGUUCCUUAAUUUGGAGUGUGUUGGCUUGUGAUAUUGUUGUGAC